AUGUCAAAUCAAGGCAAUGUUCGGAAGUCUUCACGCAAGCGAACAAUAACAGCAAAGUCCCUUGCUGGCUCUGAAACACGGAAUGCGACCCAGACAGGCUCUCGUCCAAGGCCUCCAAAGUCACCAAAGAAUUCUAAACGGAAAAGACGGGUGGUCAGUGAUGAAGACUCUGAUAGCGGCAAUGAGAGCCUCCAUGAACAUCAGCGUACCUCGAAGAAGAAGAAAAAUGCCAGCUCCAAACAUAGUCAGAAAGAGAAAAGCACCGCAGUGGAGGUUGAAGGAGUGUGCGAUAUUGAAAAUGUCAUGGACAGCGAGGUUGAGGUCAUUAACUGCGAGUCUGAUGUCAAGAGCAAUGAGGAAACCGAGAAUGAUGAUGGUGAAGAUGCUGAGGGGAGUGAUCUAGGUGUACAGCACAAGGCCGAAAUUCCAGCUCCAUUGGCAACAAAGAAACAGCAGGCCAAUGAUCUACUUACCGUGUUCACACAGAAAUGCACAGUGAAGUUCAUUGGUAUUGAGGGUGUGGUGGAUAAAAAGAGAGGGCGCUGGUGCAUAGUUUGCAAGGACGAUGAAAUCUUUGUAAAGCAGAACGGGAAGCAGUAA